AUGGUCGCAAUUAAAUUGAUCUACAACCAACAAAACCUCUGCAGAAUCUUGGAAGAUGCAGAGCAAACAGUCAUCAAAUAUUUCGCUACCGUCCCGACAGACGAGUUGUCAUCCAAGAUCGCCUUCACCUUCAAGCGCUUCGACUCCGAUCAAGGCGGCUUCCUCACGAGCGAGCUGACGAGAUCCAGGAAUGACCUGGCGAGGGCGUUUGCGUUCAUGGGGAAGCGGGUGAGCACGGAGGAGAUCGAGGCGUUGAUGGACAUCUACGACACCAACCGGGACGAUCACAUCGACUCGGGGGAGUUUGAGCACAUGGUGCGGGUCAAGCUCAAGAUCCCUUGCAAGCCCGACUGUCGACAAUGUAAGAAGAUGUUCUCGUCUCCGAGCAGCAGGCCGGGAACAUCCGACACGAGCGUACGAAGUCCGUCGGUGGUUUGCAAGUACGAUUGCGGUUUCACGGGGACGAAUCGCGUGAAACGAUUAGAGCACACAAUUUCGAGCCAAGAGAUCUCGAUAUCGCGGACGCUCUCGACAGGAAGCAGCGUCCUGGAGCAAGCAAGCUCAGUUUUCUUCGGAAGGCUGAGCGGCCUGUCGCCAGAGAAGUUCGCGCAGAAGGUGCAAGACUUGUUCAAGUCCAUCGACGUCGACGGGUCCAACUCGCUCUCUCGGUACCAUCCGACCUGCCGGUCGGAGCUGCAUAGCGCGUUUGCUCGGAUGGGGCAUGCCAUGUCGAGCGAGAGCCUGGACAAGUGGAUAGCGAGCUGCGACUCGGACGGGAACGGGGAGCUGGACAUGGUGAACAAGUACCGCUGCCCGGCCACCUGUCCGGUAUGCAAGCGGUCACCGGAGAAGGACGUGGACGACGACAAGGCUGCGGAGGAGAAGCGAAGGCUCAACUACGCUCAGCUGAUGAAAGAAGUCAUAGAGCCAGUGUGCAACCUCGCAGCGAUCUACAUCAAAGCGCAGGACGCAGACUUCGACUUCAAGACGAUCGAGCCCUUCAUGGAGAUCGUGACCUUCAGCGACGGCAACAGAAUCUCCAAGAGCGGCAGCCUCACGGAGUCCAUCAUCUUCAUCCUCCGCGGGCGGGUGGAGAAGCGGAAGAACAACGUCAAGCUCUCCAUGCACAGCCGAGGGGAUCACUUCGGGUCGCAGGAGAUCCUAGAGCACAGGCCCCGACCGCACGACCUGAUCGCUUGCGGGGCGUGCACGUGCUCGCAGCUGAAGCAGAGCCAUCUGAAGCGAGCUGGGGUGAUGCUGAAGCAGCUCGUGGAGCAGUUGGAACACACGAUGCUUGAUCACAGGCCGAAGGAGGCGGAAGCGACGUCGACAGUCUCACAUGGGGGCAGUACUGGCAGAUCGGAACACGUUGUAGAUGAGAAGGUGGUUGCUGUAGAUUCUCCAACCAGCUCGAGGAUCAAGGACGUACUGAGUCAAGUUGGGUCCCUGCUGACUCGCGUGCCCUCCUUGAAAGCGACCAACGCCACCCUCUUCGGCUCCCUGAGCGGGUUGAGCGGGAUGGAGUUCUCUGCCAAGCUCAGAGAGAUCUAUGACGUGAUGGACGCGGACAAGAGCGGCAAGAUCGACCGGAACGAGAUCCAGGAUGCUUUCCGCAAGAUGGGGAAGGAGAUCUCGGAUGAGACACUGGACAGCUUCAUCGAGCAGACGGACGUGGACGGGGACGAGCAGAUCGACCUGGAGGAGUUCGAGCACCUUGCGAGGGCGCUGUACGAGCUUGACUGCGUGGAGGGCUGCAAGGUCUGCCGGAUGUUCCCUACAUUACAACGUGAAAAGAAAGCAAAGAUGAGAAGCAUGAUAGAGACGUCGAGCCUGCGAACUUUCUCGACGACGCUGAUGGACGGGUGGGCGCUACAAGAUCAGCUGAAGGGGAUGAUCGAUGAUGGUUUCACAAGACGGUCGAUCACGUUUCCCCUUUCAAAUCCAUUGGGGCCGAAAGAAUACCCGCUGCCGCCAUCUGCGGAUUUCAAACCUGUUCCACCCACAGAGCCGAAGCUCGAGAGCAGAAGGGAUCGGUAUCAGCGCAUGGCAGACGAGCUUAAGAUGGAGUCAGCCAAGAUGCACAACAGAAGGAGAAACUCCGAGCUCCAUCACAUCGAGUUCCGCAACAAGAUCGACAGGGACAUCAACUUGGCCAAGAGCUACGAGAAAGGAGAGGGAGGGUCGGGCAUGACGCAGGCACAGCAGACAGCGAAUGAGCUUCUUCAAGAGUUUGAGAAGGCGAAGAAGCUUGGUUUUGUGAAAGAGACAUGA